AUGGAGCCAGCCACGGAAAAACAUCUUCGCCCACGGCGAGAUCGAGGCCGCUCAUCCUUCACCACCCAUAGCGGAGGUCAGAAGACCAGAGCAAUACAAGGCGACGAGAAGACCAAACCCAUUGGAGACAGUAAAAGACGCAGGAUCAACGACAAGUCAAAGCGACGAGCCGCGCCUCUCAAGGACAUCACCGGUCUUUCAACAAAGCGACGACAGCAGCUCGAGCUCAGUCCCAGCAGUAACCUCGCACCUUUUGGGCCUGGGGUCUGUGACGAACAACUCCCCGUUAAGCCAAGUUCCUGCAAAGAAGAGGCUCCAGACAAGCUCAGUCGCCGCGAGCAGCAGCCACAAGAGCUUCAUCUCCCUCCUCCUCGAUAUCCGCUGACGACGAGCAAUCUUCGCGCACAUACCGAAAAAACCAACCCAGGCGAACAACUGCUUGACAGCAUGGCUAGAAGUAAAGACACGACGACGGCGUCGACGGCGGAGUAUGAACAGCAACUGAGGCAAUACAAGGCUUACGUUCACUCUGGAGCAACAAUGCCCAGGGAACUCGACAAGUUCAUCCGGAAUGUUGUCAUGGCGGACCGACCCGGUCCCCAUUCACCGACAGCAAGACUCCUUGCAGAGAACGCCGAGAACGCACAGCGCAAUUCAGAAUUCCAGGCUAUGAUGCUUCUGGCUCCACAUUUGAUGUUCCGAAGUGCCUAUGUCGAAAACGGUGAAAGAUUCAUGAAUAUGGAGCCUGAGGCAUUGUUCCACUCUGCCUACGUGACCAGUCCGGACAACGAUCAGUUCAUGCUUGCUCAACCAAAGCCCGACAUGACCAAUGGCUACAUUCCAAUAUCUGUAAUCACCUCGCGUGCAUCGUCGUCCCCUAUCGACUGGCCUUUCACCGAAGAAGAGGAGGAAAAGCUUUUGUCAGACGGCAAGCAUCCCCCAAUCCACCCAAAAUCUGCGAAAGCCGGUAUCUGGCAAGGUGUGCUCCAAACAACUCGUGACGGUUUGGCGGUCAUCGAGUACAACUAUCGACUCCACAAACGUGCCGGCGUGGAACCUGACGCUGUUGGCACUUGUCAUUGGUCCAUGACUGUGCUGGGUUCAGUUCGGUGGGACGGAGAUGAGAAUCCUGAAGUUGUCCAACUUCGAAAAUGUCUCCGCAAUCUCCUCCACUACGCGCAAACCCGUCGACUCGACCGUAUCAAGGACCUGUUGAAGAGAAUACCAACACCCACUCCGCGGUCAGGAACGAUCUCGAAUCAGCCCAGCAUGCCGCCGCCUAAGGGUCAUCUUGGAGGCCCUCAACAGAACUACAGCCCGUACGGCUACUACCCGUCCGGCUACUACCCGUCCGGCAUGCAUUAUGAAGAUUCGCAGCAGCAUCAACCCGCAAUCACAUCUGGAGGCUUUCAGCAGAACUGGGGUCAGUCCCCAGCCAGAUCAUUUCCUUCUUCUUCUCAACAGCACCAACAUCAACCUCCGAUCGGGUGGCUGUCCGGGUCUUAUCAAAACGAAGCUCAUCCCUCUUCCAGAUCGGCUCCUUGGUCCCCCCCGCGAAGUCUAGACCAAGCUCCAUCCGGAGUUUCUCCUCGAUCCCAACAGAGCCAGACUCGGCCUUCAUUUGAGCAGUCUUCUGGACCGCAGCGUCAGCCUCCACUUGGAAUGUCGCAGAGAGGUCAGCAGGACCAUGGCCAGCGGUCUCGUCUGCAAAACCGGGGUCAAAAUCCACAGCUGUCUCCGUCUCCCGCCAGUCGCAUACCCAGGUCACCACCUCAGGUCCGUCAGGACUCCUCUUCAGAUGCGCCCCGCAGGAGUGGGCGAGAACGCAAGCCACCCGUCCGAUAUGAGGGCUCCCCUUGGUGA